CGCUUUCAUAACCCACAUAAAUCCUAUCAAACCAACACUUUGUUAUACACGUCCUAAUUAACCCAAUCGACGUCAUCAUCCCUUCCCACUCUAUAAAUCUCCCCACCCUUCCUUCUCUUUCGAAGUUUUGAUACUUUAUCAAACUUUUCCCAUGAAAAGCCCCCACGUCUCCCCCGAACCCCCUAAAUUUUUACCUGACGACCUCUCAAAUGCGUCGCAAAACUCCUCUUCUCGUUCCUCCAAGUUCGCUUGGCCCGGAAAAGUCCCUCAUUUCAUGAAACAAAAAAAGACUUCGACCUUAACACGAGAAAGCCUCCAAGUCUUGGCCGCUGUAGAAGACAAAAAGUAUUAUAGCAGCCCUUAUUACAAAGGGCUGCUAAAUACUGAAAAGGUCCCCGGUACAAGUACAAGUCCCGAAGCAGAGAAUAGCACUGCUACUGCUACCGCUACCGGUGUACCGCAUGAGAUCCAAAACUGGAACUUGUCUAGCCCUUAUUAUAAAGGGCUACUGUACACGGAAAAAGUUCCGGGUACAAGUACAAAUCCGGAAGUAGAGAAUAUUGCUUCAGGUGGAUCAACACAUGAUCUUCAGAGCUUGGACCCUUCAAGCCCUUAUUACAGAGGGCUCCUGUACCGGGCUACUAGCCCGGAUCGGGAGAGUCAAACGAGUUCAAGAACGAGUUUUUCGGUUAGGAUGUCGGAAUGGAGUGCAUCUUGUUUUUCUUUUAAGACAAAAGAUGAGAAAGAUCCGACAAUGAUAAAAGUUUACUCUACCGAAAAUUCGAAUGAGGAGUCCUUGAGGGAGAGAGUAUCAGAGCCGUCGUUAUCGCCACCUACACCAGCGGCUAUGGUGGUGCCACCAUCAUCGCCACCGUUGCUGCCGCCGGCCGCCAAAAAGAUGGUUGUGAAUGCAAAAGAUACGAGUGAGUUGAAGGAGGAGAAGUAUUUAUGGGCGGAUAGAUACCGGCCGGUAGCUCUCAAGGAUUUUAUUUGCAAUAAGGACAAAGCCAUUGAGUUGCAACAUACGAUAAAUGAAGAUGAGUGUCGCCACUUUAUAUUUGAAGGACAAGCGGGUGUUGGGAAAAGGACAAUGAUAUGGGCUUUGCUUCGCGAAGCAUAUGGACCCGAUAAAGUGCAGGCACGAGAUGAAUGCAAAACGUUUAACUUGAAGGGGGAAGACGUAAGCAGUAUUAUGGUGAAUGUGAAGGAAUCGUCUCAACAUGUAGAAAUAAACCUGUCUGAACUAAAAGGAUUUGAGAAGCAUGUCAUCGUUGAACUCAUCAAAGAGACAAAUAACUUAACCAACAAAACGGGGCUACGAUGCAGCAAUGAUAACUGUAGAGCCAUCAUUUUGCAUGAAGCAGACAAGCUGUCAACGGAUGCAUUGCUGUAUAUAAGAUGGGUUAUAGAGCGAUAUAGAGGAUGUCAUAAAAUCUUCUUUUGUUGUCAAGAUGCUUCAAAGCUUCAACCCCUUAAAAACAUUUGCAAAUUGGUCCAACUCCUUCCACCUUCUAAUAAAGAGAUUGUUCAAGUCCUGGAGUUCAUAGCAAAAAACGAAGAAAUAGAAUUGCCAAAUAAAUUGGCUGAAAGAAUAGCAGUUAGUUCCAAGAAUAACUUGCGACAAGCUAUUCGCUCCUUUGAAGCUACCUCACAAAAUAAUUCGCUUUUGGAGGAAGAUCAAGUAAUCUUGACUGGGUGGGAAGAUGAUAUUGCAAAUAUUGCCAAAAGUAUAGUAGAAAAGCAAAGCCCCAAACAGCUAUAUGACAUUCGUCGAAAACUUCAAAAUCUCAUAGAUCAUAGUGUGCCACCUGAGUUCAUCUUUGAAACUCUAGCAGUUGAACUGAAGAAGAAUGUUGAGGAGUCGAUGCAUAAGCAGAUUGAAAAGACAUAUAAGGAAUAUAGCGGAGCUGAUAAACAUAGACACGCAAAUGAUGAAAGGAAAAAGCUUAUCCAUCAAUUCAUGUGUAUCGAAGAAUUCAUAGCAAAAUUCAUGAGCUGCUACAAAAAUCAUCUGGCUAAGAAGGCAAUAGACAUGACUGAAAUAAAAGAAGAGACAACAUGAAUAUAAGAUACAACUGCAAUAAAAAAAAAACUAGAACACAACUUACAUGUUGUGCUAUAACUAAUAUACAGAAUAAAAUGGCAACUGAGAAUGCCACCAGAUCUACUGUUACUUGGUGAGCAAAAUCCUUGCAUAGCUGCAACUAAAUCACCUGUAUUUGCCAUACAAG